AAGUUAAAUCAAAACAAAAUAACUUACGAUUUGGAUUUUAUUAUUACUUUGCAAUAGUCAAACUCUGAACAGACUAUGCCAAUUAUUGUCUAUAAAAUUUCAUCAUAAUGGGUUGUGUGAGCUCUUUAUAAAAAAUCUGUCCUAAUUACAAACUAAGUAAUCUAUCUAAAGAUUAGGUUUUGUUUAUGCUUUUGUAAAGGUUAUAAACAUGAAUCGUAGUCGUAUUUUAACUAGAAUAUUAUGGCGUGCUAGAGCAUUUAAUAAGAUCGAUUAUGCAAGACCAUGCUCUAUCACACUUUGCACAAAAUCUAUAAUUAUAAGAGAACAGUGUACAGUAACGUUAAAGGACAGUUACAUUAAAAAGUUUAUGAAAGCUGUAGGAUGGAUGGACCAAGAAAGAACACGCCUCAAACUUACUGGGUAUUUUCUUUAUGAAUGUGUGCCAGACAGAGUGGCAUACACAGAGUGGUUUGAGGAACUUGAACUUCCAGACACCUUUGCCUCGUGGUUUACGGUCACAGAGUUGCAUGUGUGGAUGCUGCUGGUAAGAUAUAUGGCAGAGGAUGUUGCAUCUAUAGGUACAGAGAAGAAGAAGUAUGUAAAAGGGGAUGGACAUUUUGUUAGGAACUGUAUUAUUGAAGCUCUGUGGGCAGAUGUUGGGAACAGGAUAAAAUUACUAGAGGGAGCAAAUCCAGCUAUAGCAAGAAAGCAAGUGACUGAACUGUCAGAACAGUUCCAAGCUUCCUUAGUUGGAUAUGAUGAGGGAUUGAAUGAUGAUAAAGUGUUAGCCGCUGCCGCCUGGAGGAGGUUUUAUUCUCUCUCAGAAAAUGUUAAAGCUGAACAUGUUGCAAAGAUUGUUCAUUUUAUUAGACAUCAGAUAUCCGUUUUGGACAAAAUACCAAGUGAAGAUCUUAGGUGGAAACCACAAAUCAACUGGUUAAGUAUAUGUGAUCACUGAUGUAAGGUUUAAUUCAUAGUUGUUUGUUUAAGAUAAUAUGCUAGGAUUGUUAAUAAAUUAAGAGAAAUUAUUAAAUA